AUGGAAGAUAAACCUGAGCAAACUCAAGUACCAGUAACAAGUGAAAAGAAGAAGGACCCAAAAAGAGUAGCUGCAGGGAAACGAUUAGCGGCAAUCAGUAAAAUAGCAAAGGAGAGAAAAAGAAAACAGGCUGAACCUAAUGAGUCAUCCAGUAAUGAUAGUAUGAUUACCUACAUAGGGGUGGUCGUUGCACUGGUAUCUCUUGUGCUAGCGUAUAAGUCGCAUCAGAGGGAAACAAAGGAACUAGAACCUAAGUACAUCCCUAAAACUGUAGAAGUAACUAAAAGAGCUGACAAGUCCAAGUUAGAUCCACUCGAAUGAUACAUUAAACAUACCAUAUAUUAUAGCAAAAUGAGUAAGGUAAACGCUGACGAUGUUACCGAUGAUAGAUCAGAUAUGGGAGGUGAAGUGUACGAUGCACUGUUACUUACAGCUGGAGCAAUAGGAGUUUCAAUGGCUUCUAAGAAACUACUGAAGGAACCACUAGGUACACCAGAGAACACAAAGGGAAUGUUAAAGUUAGCUGUCUCUGUUAGUCUUUCAUCCCUACUGGUGGCGUACCUGAAGAAACAUAAGUUUAUCCCCGAUAACCCAACUAGACCAGUAGUAAAGAAGAAGGCAUAA